GAGGCGCGGCGCCAAGAUGGCGGCGGCGGGCUCUGCGUGAGCGUCCCUCGGCCCUCCCGGCCCUGGGCGGGCGGCGGGCCCGGGUGGCGCCGCGCCGAGCCGAGCCGGCAUGUGCGAGACCUACUCGCGGUGGCUGCUGCGGGUGUCGGUAGCGCAGAUUUGUCAGGCGCUGGGUUGGGACUCGGUGCAGGUUUCGGCCUGCGACCUCCUCACCGACGUUCUGCAGCGGUACCUGCAGGGGCUGGGCCGGGGCUGCCACCGUUACUGCGAGCUCUAUGGCCGCACAGAUCCAAUUUUGGACGAUGUAGGUGAUGCCUUCAAGCUUAUGGGGGUUAACCUGCAUGAGCUAGAAGAUUAUAUACACAAUAUUGAACCUGUCACUUUCGCACAUCAAAUCCCUUCGUUUCCAGUCAGCAAGAACAAUGUCCUGCAGUUUCCCCAGCCGGGAAGUAAAGAUGCAGAAGAAAGGAAGGAAUACAUCCCUGAUUAUAUGCCACCUAUUGUCUCUUCUCAAGAAGAAGAGGAAGAGGAACAGGUGCCUACCGAUGGAGGUACAUCUGCAGAAGCCAUGCAGGUGCCACUGGAAGAGGAGGGAGAUAUGGAAGAGGAUGAGGCAAUUAAUGAUGAGAACUACUUGAGCAAGAGACCGUUAGAAAGUCCUGAUGCUGAGGAAUUUCCACCUGUGAAACGGCCAAAACUAUCUGUUUCCAAAGGUGACACCUUGGACGGACCUUUGGAACCACGCGAGCCUCUUAGCUCAAUAAAUACUCAAAAAGUACCACCAAUGCUUUCUCCAGUUCAUGUUCAGGACAGUACAGACUUAGUCCCUCCUUCACCAGAACCACCAAUGUUGGCUCCUAUUGCAAAACCGCAAGUGCCAGCCCCAAAAACUUCAGAGGCAAAGCCAUUUGUACCCAAAACAAAGUCCAAAACAAGUUCUCCAGGACAGAAGACAAAAUCACCUAAAACUACACCCUCACCAGUGGUAACUGGAAGUCCCAUACGUUCACCAAAAACUGGAUCCAAAGAAAAAAAGUCUCCGGGUCGUGCCAAGAGCCCAAAAAGUCCUAAGAGUCCAAAGGUUCCUGCUCAUGUUCCCCAACCACCUGUCAAGCCUGAAACACCAAGCAGAGCCCCUCUGGCUGCAUUAAGUGACAAGAUGGGAAAGGAAAACAUUCAAGUAAAACAGGGGCAGACUCCACCUGAGCCUGCAACCAAGCCAAAUACUGAAAACCAGACUAAGAAAGUACCCGUAAUGGAUAAGACCAUUGAUGAUUCAAUCGAUGCUGUGAUUGCUCGUGCAUGUGCAGAACGUGAACCAGAUCCCUUUGAGUUUUCCUCCGGUUCCGAAUCAGAAGGGGAAAUUUUUACCAGUCCUAAAAGACUUUCUGUUUCAGAGACUACAACUCCUAAACCUUCUGUUUCUGCCAAUAAUGCAAAUAAGGCAGGAGCAACUCCAAUACCUCCCUCAGGUGGGACUUCAAGUUCAGACAUUUCAUGGACAAUGGAUGACUCAAUUGAUGAGGUCAUUCGAAAGGCAAACAUGGGGACACCUUCUAAUCCACCUACCAACUUCACUUAUUUCUCCUCUCCUUCUGCUUCACCUCCAACUCCAGAACCUCUUCUCAAAGUCUAUGAGGAGAAAAACAAGUUGGCUUCAUCAGUAGAAGUGAAAAAGAAAUUGAAAAAAGAGCUGAAGACAAAAAUGAAGAAGAAAGAAAAACAGAAGGAGAAAGAUAAAGAGAAAAACAAGGAGAAAAGUAAGGAGAAGGAAAAGAACAAAGAGAAGGAUAAAGACAAGGAAGGAAACAAGGAAGCGAAGUUUCAGUGGAAGGAACUGCUCAAAGAUGAUGAUCUUGAUCCCUAUAAAUUCAAACUAAAGGACUUUGAGGAUGCUGACACAAAAGUAAAGUUGAAAGAUGGCAAUACCAAAAAAGACAGGGAAAAACAUAAAGAUAAAAAGAAAGAGAAAGAGAAAGGCAAAAAAGACAAGGAUAAGAAAGACAAAGAAAAACUUAAAGAUAAGGGUAAAGAAGAUAAGAUAAAGGCUUCAUCAGCACCUCUUGUGUUACCUCCCAAAGAAAUGUCUUUGCCCUUGUUCAGCACACCAACUCCAAUGAGGCUUCCCAGCAUGUUACCUUCCUUGUCUCCAAUGCUUCCUGAAAAACUGUUUGAGGACAAAGAGAAACCAAAAGAGAAGAAAAAAGACAAAAAAGAGAAGAAGAAAAAGAAAGAAAGGGAGAAGGACAAAGAAAAGGAAAAGGAAAAGAAGGAGAAGGAAAAGGAGAGGAAAGAAAGAGAAAAGAAAGAGAAAGAGAAGGAGAAACACAAGCAUGAGAAGAUAAAGGUGGAACCAGUUGUUCCGGCUCCAUCACCAGUUAUUCCUCGGCUGACAUUAAGAGUGGGUGCAGGCCAAGACAAGAUAGUCAUCAGCAAAGUGGUGCCGGCUCCAGAGGCCAAACCUUCUACUCCUGUGAGCCGGCCCAAAACACCUCCACCCGUGCCAUCACCAGUACCAGCUCCUGUUCAUGUCACCCCUCCUCCAGUUCCAGCCCCUCCUCCUCCACAGGCUACCGUCUCACCGGUCCUCAUCCCACCGCCCUCUCCAGCUGUCUCAGCAGCAGGAGGCUCUAAAGCUCCAGUUAGGAGCGUCGUGACCGAGACCGUCAGUACUUACGUGAUCCGAGAUGAGUGGGGUAACCAGAUCUGGAUCUGUCCUGGCUGUAACAAGCCAGAUGAUGGCAGUCCAAUGAUAGGUUGUGAUGACUGCGAUGAUUGGUAUCACUGGCCUUGUGUGGGGAUUACAACUGCACCCCCAGAAGAGAUACAAUGGUUCUGCUCCAAGUGUGCCAACAAAAAGAAGGAUAAAAAACACAAGAAGAGGAAGCACAGGGCACACUGAAGACUUUGCAGUGGACUGAAGGCAUGCGGGCGCCACAGCACCUUCUGCCCCGGCUCCGUUGCAGGGGGGACCCAGCCUGCUCGUGUCUCACCCUCCGUCACCAGCUGGUAGGGUUGUGACUCUGGAGUGAAUCAGGGGCGAGGAGGUGCUCUCUGUCAGGGGCUGUGGCGUUUCACAGACUGUCCGAGCCCAGGGGGUUGGGUUUUGGUACAUUCUGAUGCUGUCUUUUCACCUACCGAGGGAAAUUUGCACAGAGCGAUAUGAAGACUUCGGUAGUUCAUGGUACCGCUCCUGCUCCUGUGGCUCGGCAGCAACAAAGAUGAAUGUUGUAAAUACAGAUACCUGUCCUGUUCUUUCUCAGUUUGUUAUUAAUCCCUCUUGAACCUUCGCAGGAAGGUGCUGAGAAGAGGAGAAAAUGUAAAUUGCAGUAAGUUGUAAACUGAGGGACCUUCUGGAAUGAUUUCUGUAGUCUGGAUACAGUUCAGCCUCUACUCCUGCUGAGCCAGAUAAUCAUAAAGUGGAAAUAAAAAGUGGCUGGUAAAUAUUUUUGUGACGAGAAUAUAUGAAGCUUUUUUCCUUGAUUUUUAGUACUAACAUAAAAUAAACACGUUCAAGCUUUUGUGAUAUAUCUUCUAUUUUUAAAAAAAGAGAAAGUUUCUAUUGUGUCAAUUUUUUUCUUCCGUGUGAAUUUAUUUUGGUGGACCUGUAAUAUAUUUUAUACUUUGGUUUUUGUUUUUUAGUCUUUGUCAGUGUACCUUUUCAUUGCUUGUACAUUUCAUUGGUGUGUAAAAACACUUCCCAUUAAAAGAGUUUCACACGUGUAAAUAGCUGA